AUGGCGGAACACGACAAUGGUGGCAGUGGAGGAAAGGUUCUUGAUCGUCCAGAGGAUGUGGGAGGGCCAAUGGAAGUCGAAACGGCGGAUCAACAGCCGGCGGAGCCCACCCUGGGUGUCGGUGUUGCGGUAGCAGGCGGUGGUGAUGGCGUUCAGGGCCACGAGCAGGAGGUGGGUGGCGUCGACGAGCAUCGCGCGACGGAGCCAUAUCCUCGCGUGACGGAGGAAGCUGGGGCCGUGAGCUCUGGAGUCAAACCAUUAGACCCGAGCGUGGCCGUGAGUGGUUCGGUGGUUAUUGGUGGUAGUUCCGAAGGUGCGGGCAGCAGAGGUGCCGAUGGUAGGGAUGCCGGGCCGACAGUGACGUCGUCAGGCCAUAGACCGAUCACAAGACAGGAUCUCGCAGAGUUUUUGAGCGACGAGAGAUUAGCCCGACUCCUCGAGGAGGAUCCCAUGAUCAAGGCUGCCGUGUUAGAGGCUCGAGAAGAGCGAGAGCGGGAGAUAGCCGCCUCAGAGGUCGCGGCGAGGGCCGAGAGGGUGAGAGCCGCUGAGGAGGAGGGUCUGAGGGACGCAGAGAUUGAGGAGAGGAUUGGAGCCAGGGUACAUGGGCCUAAGGUGACAGCAGUGUCUGAGGCGGAGAGUUUGACUCAUGCUCCAUUUUCAGCAGAGGGGUACAAGCCACCUGUUCCACAUUUGUUUGUACCAUCGGGUCUUGCAACGUACAGGCCACGGCAGGCGGAGUACGACCCCGAUCUCGUUCUGAUAGACCCCGAUACCCAUAUUUCGAGCAACUGGGCUGAGGAGAGAGCAAGGCAGAGAGACAUUCGAGGUUUUGGGGGUGCAUGCAGCUCUUUGGCGUUGUACCAGGGUUUGCCUGAGAGGGUGAGACAGUUGGUGGAUGAGGCAGGCUUCGGGGAGUUCAUACAGACCCUUACCCCGGUUAGAAAUGACCAUGCUGUCCUGGUUGCACUUACAGAGAGGUGGAAAGACACCACCAACACCUUCCACCUACCGCUCGGGGAGAUGACAGUGACGCCUACUGACUUUGCGGCGAUCACCGGCUUGAGGGUUGGGGGUGAUCCUAUCCCGUUUGAUUCGGGCAUUCAGGAGGACGAGGCAGCCUUGGAAUGGUUCUUGGGAGAGGUGCCCAAGGUUGAGGAGGGGAUGGCAAGAUAUGGACAGUUUACCAGAUACCUCACAAAGGAGGUGGCGACCGAGCAGGAGGCGGAGCAAAUGGCCCGGGCGUACCUGUUGUACCUUUUUGGUGCUACCCUGUACCCGAAUAGGCGUAGCAAGGUCCACCUAUCGUACUUGCCUGCACUGAGAGAACUGAGGACAGCCUCACGCUUUGACUGGGGAGGAGCUGCACUUGGCGCAGCUUAUGGCUUUAUGGGGGACUCGUCGAGGACAGAGAUGAGCACUGCUGGGUACUGGCAGAUUUGGGAGCUCUGGGCCUAUGAGGUUUUGAACAUGUGUCGUCCAGUGACGAAGAGCCUAGACUUGGGGAUCCUCCCGCGUGCUCAUAUCUGGAGCAAGAAGAACAUGGGAGAGAAGAGAGGGAGAGGUGACCUGAAUGGCUUCAGGAUAUACCUAGACGAGCUCCGACCCUCACAGGUAGAGUGGGAUCCUUGGAGGGUGGCAAAGCUAGAGCCUGAAUACCUGGCCAGGAGCAGGGUUGUGACAGCGAGCAGAGUGCUGCUCGAGUCGGCCUUUGGUUGGCAGUGGUACUUGGGUGACUGAGUGACACGCCAGUCACUUGACUAUGCAGGGUUCCAGGUGCCCGGACCGCUUCCACCACGGGCCUCACACACAGGGGAGUACACGCUGGCCGAGUUAGAGAUUUUCACACGGCCUGACACCAACUUGACACGCUACCUGCGUCCCAGCAUGGACUAUUCGGUUUACCAGAGAGAGCGCUUAGCGGGGCCGCUGAGAGUGCGAGAGUUCAGGGAGGUCCAGAGUCAGGCUCGUGGAGCUGCUGAGGACAGGAGAGCCAUUACUGAGAGGCAGAGUAGUGGUGAGAGUCGCGUGAGACGGGGUCCGAGUGAACCUGUGAG